AUGAUCGUCCGGUCGUCAGCCGCCCGAAACGUGGCCCGCGCGGCGUCCAACACCGCUUCACGGUCAGCCAACUCGUCAAUCGCCGCCGCCAGCUCCUCCACCCUCCAUUCCCGCCGAACCUACGCCACCGUUCAAGAAGGACAACCCCAGCAGAGACGCUACGGCGGUCUGAAGGACCAAGACAGGAUAUUUCAGAACCUCUACGGCCACCAUGGCACGGACUUGAAGAGCGCCAUGAAAUAUGGCGACUGGUACAAGACCAAGGAGAUCCUGCUCAAGGGCCAUGAUUGGUUGAUCAAUGAGAUCAAAGCUUCAGGUCUGAGGGGAAGAGGCGGUGCGGGAUUUCCCAGCGGGCUGAAAUUUUCGUUCAUGAACUUCAAGGGCUGGGAAAACGACAAGAAACCCCGGUACCUGGUCGUCAACGCCGAUGAGGGUGAGCCGGGGACAUGCAAAGAUCGAGAAAUCAUGCGCAAAGAUCCGCACAAACUCGUCGAGGGGUGCUUGGUGGUUGGUCGCGCCAUGAACGCUACCGCAGCGUACAUUUACAUCCGAGGUGAAUUUUAUCACGAGGCCACUGUUCUCCAGCGCGCUAUUCAAGAGGCAUACAAAGAAGGGUUGAUUGGCAAGAAUGCCUGCGGGUCAGGGUACGACUUUGACGUCUACUUGCACCGAGGCAUGGGAGCAUAUGUGUGCGGAGAGGAGACUUCGCUCAUCGAAUCUCUUGAAGGAAAAGCCGGAAAGCCUCGUCUCAAGCCGCCCUUCCCUGCAGCCGUCGGUCUUUUCGGAUGUCCUUCCACCGUUACAAACGUCGAAACAGUGUCAGUUUGCCCCACCAUCGCUCGACGGGGUGCGAAAUGGUUCGCCGGCUUUGGCCGCGAACGCAACCAGGGCACCAAGCUGUUUUGUAUAUCUGGACACGUCAAUAACCCUUGCACCGUUGAGGAAGAGAUGUCUAUUCCUCUCCGGGAAUUGAUUGAGAAGCACUGCGGUGGUGUCCGCGGCGGCUGGGACAAUUUGCAAGCUAUUAUCCCUGGUGGCUCGUCGACACCCAUCCUACCCAAGCACGUCUGUGACGACCAAUUGAUGGACUUUGAUGCGUUGAAGGACAGCCAAUCCGGUCUGGGCACUGCGGCGGUGAUUGUCAUGGAUAAAUCUGCCGACGUGGUAAGGAUGAUUGCCAGACUAAGCGCUUUUUACAAGCACGAGAGUUGCGGUCAGUGCACCCCCUGUCGAGAGGGCAGCGCGUGGACCGCGAAGAUUAUGGAAAGAUUCGAAAAGGGUCAGGCCAGAGCGAGAGAGAUUGACAUGAUCCAAGAACUCACCAAGCAAGUCGAGGGACACAGUAUCUGCGCCCUGGGCGAAGCCUUCGCGUGGCCUAUCCAAGGUCUCAUCCGCCAUUUCCGACCCCAGCUCGAAGCUCGCAUUAAAGAAUACUCGCAGGUCGCUGGUGGCGAGUCGCUAGCUGGUGGAUGGGAGCCCGACUCGUCCAAGAAGGGUCUGCUCAUCGCUCCGGGACAGUAA